GGCUGAAUUUGGCCUUCGAGAGAGGCCCGGACCAGAGUCACGGAAAGAGCCGAGCGCCGGCGCGAAGAGCCGAAUAGAGCCGGAGACACCCGAGUAUGACCGCAGAGGGGCUGGGCCGGCCGGAAGCGAAGCCGAGAGCGGCCGGAAGAAGCCGAGCCCGUCCGAAGGGAGCGAAGCGCAGCUGGGCGUUGGGCCCGGCCGAGCCCGCGCCAUGGCGGCUGAGGGGACAGCUGUGACCGGAGGCGGGGCUGCCGGCGGCCGCCUGGCUAAGGACAGCUUGCAGCAGUCUAAGUGCCCGGACGCGGCCCCGAACCGCCGGCGUGCCUCGUCGCUGUCGCGCGACGCCGAACGCCGAGCCCACCAAUGGUGCCGGGAGUACUUGGGCGGGGCCUGGCGCCGAGUGCGGCCGGAGGAGCUGAGGGUUUGCCCAGUGAGCGGCGGCCUCAGCAACCUGCUCUUCCGCUGCUCGCUCCCGGACCACCUGCCCAGCGUUGGCGAGGAGCCCCGGGAGGUGCUGCUCCGGCUGUAUGGGGCCAUCCUGCAGGGCGUGGACUCGCUAGUGCUUGAAAGCGUGAUGUUCGCCAUCCUGGCCGAGCGGUCGCUGGGGCCGCAGCUCUACGGAGUCUUUCCAGAGGGCCGGCUGGAACAGUACAUCCCAAGCCGGCCGCUGAAAACGCGGGAGCUGCGAGAGCCGGUCUUGUCGGCAGCCAUCGCCACGAAGAUGGCCCAGUUCCAUGGCAUGGAGAUGCCUUUCACCAAAGAGCCCCACUGGCUGUUUGGGACCAUGGAGCGGUACCUAAAGCAGAUCCAGGACCUGCCCCCCACCGACCUCCCCCAGAUGAACCUGCUGGAGAUAUACAACCUGAAGGAUGAGAUGGGCAACCUCAGGAAGUUACUAGAGUCUACCCCAUCGCCAGUGGUCUUCUGCCACAACGACAUCCAGGAAGGGAACAUCUUGCUGCUCUCAGAGCCAGAAAAUGCUGACAGCCUCAUGCUGGUGGACUUCGAGUACAGCAGUUAUAACUACAGGGGCUUUGACAUUGGGAACCAUUUUUGUGAGUGGGUUUAUGAUUACACUCAUGAGGAAUGGCCUUUUUACAAAGCGAGCCCAACAGACUACCCCACUCAAGGACAGCAGCUCCACUUUAUUCGCCAUUACUUGUCAGAGGUGAAGAAAGGUGAGACCCUCUCCCAAGAGGAGCAGAAAAAGCUGGAAGAAGAUUUGCUGGUGGAGGUCAAUCGGUAUGCUCUGGCAUCCCAUUUCUUCUGGGGUCUGUGGUCCAUCCUCCAGGCAUCCAUGUCCACCAUAGAGUUUGGUUAUUUGGAGUAUGCCCAGUCUCGAUUCCAGUUCUACUUCCAGCAGAAGAGGCAGCUGACCAGCUUCCACGCCUCGUCCUGACCCCACCUUCCCACUUGGAUUUCUCCUGGAGCCUCCAGGGCAGGACCUUGGGGUGGGCAGUAGAAGGUCCUGUGGACUGGGCUGAGCCCCCAAGAAUGGCUGGGGCUGAAGAGGCCUGCCUCUCCCUGAGCUUGAGUAGGUUUCUGUGGGCAGCAGGCAGGAGCCCUUGCACUGUGUACUUAAUAAACGAGCUUCUUCCUUCA